UCUCUCUCUCUCUUCUCUGUCUCGAAUACAACAAGGUAUAUGCAUACCUUUCUCCCGCGCAUUUGAUUAGUUUCAGAGGACUUGUGUGUGUGUGUUCAUGCGCGCGCUUCUGCGUAUUUGCGCGCGCAGCUCUGGAUCCUGUGCGCCAGACGCUGUCCACAUCUGGUCUUGGCGGGGACGGGAGUUGCGGGGGAGGGGCUGAGCGUUUGUGUGUGUGAGUGUGUGUGCUCUGCGCCUGAACCCUGUGUUUUGCGGACGUCUGUAAUUUGCACCAGAUGACCAAUUGGGGGAUGGAGCAUUCUGGGGAGGUGAGCGUUUCCUCACACGGCUUAACAUCGCAGUGCACAAAUUAACUUAGUUUAUGGACAGCGCUGUUUAGCCAUGGAUCCAGACACUUCUGCACACUAAACUAAGGGCAGAGAAACUUCCUCUCCCCAUUUUGGGAGCAACAAGUGGAUAAUGGAUGUAUCAGACGCGAAAGUGAGAGUGGAGAGUCGGGGUAACUGCACUUGAACACAAAGGGGAAUGCUGCAUCAGAAGCUUGUUCCAACUGCCGUUUGGGAAUGGAUACCGGUAAUUCUGUGGCGGUCAUCUGCUUUCUCCUUUUUUCCUGUGAUGGGCUCCUCUCACCCUCACCCGCCAGCGGCUUCUGUCCCGAGCGCUGUGAUUGCCAGCACGCGCAGCACCUCCUCUGCACAAACCGGGGGCUGCGCGCGGUACCCAAGGUGCCCUCCUCGCGGGUCCCAGAGGAUGUGCUUGUCUUCAGCCUCGGGGGAAACUUCAUCGGUAACAUCUCUGCCUUCGACUUCACACGGUAUGGAAAUCUUAUAAGGUUGAACUUACAGUAUAAUCAAAUACAGACCAUUCACCCUAAAGCGUUUGAAAAGCUCUCCAAAUUGGAGGAGCUGUAUUUGGGCAACAAUCUGAUAUCAACAAUACCCCCAGGAACUUUACAGUCACUGAAAAAACUGACAACUUUGUAUGGUAAUAACAAUAACAUGAAGAAGAUCACUCCAGAGCUGUUUGGUAACUUGGAGAGCGUUGUGAAGCUGAGGUUGGAUGGGAACGCCAUAGAACUGUUACAGGACUCGGUUUUCAAGAGCUUGACUAAUCUGCAUUAUCUCCAUCUAGAAUCGAACCAGCUGAGCCACAUUCACAGAAAUGCCUUUUCCAAGCUCACCAAACUGCGCUUUCUCAACCUGGCGCAGAACAAUCAGGCGGCCGUGCGUAAUGUGUUUACGUUCUCCCAGCUCAGGUCACUGACUACCUUGCUGCUCUCUGAAAAUGAAAUACAAUACGUCGGAAACCACGUCUUUCAAAAUCUGAAAAAGCUAUCUAAACUAUCCCUCAGCAAUAACAAAAUCUUCCGGUUGGAGAGCGAGGCUUUGAAGGGGCUGUCGAGCGUGAGAGAGUUUCUGAUGGAUGGGAACAAACUGGAAGAUAUUCCCGCGGGACUUCUUGACCCGCUGGAGCGAAUCGAGGAGCUGGACUUUAGUCUCAACCACAUUUCCACCGUGAACCCGAUGGCUUUUAAACAACUGAAGCACCUGAGGGUUUUAAAACUCAAAGACAACUGUCUCACGAGCCUCUCCGGUCACAUCUUCGCCCUCAACAGCCGCCUUUACGAUUUGGAUCUCCAUGGCAACAACUGGACGUGUGACUGCCGCCUGGGCGAGCUGAAACAGUGGAUGAUGUCGGCACAUUCUCAAGGGAAGCUGCUGACCGUUUUCGUGCAGUGUCAUCACCCAGCGACACUGAAGGGGAAGUAUCUGGAUUAUGUCAACAGCUCCCAGCUACAGCCCCCAGGGAAUUGGAGUCACUUGUGUGAGACCCAAACUGGGCCUGAGGAGAGCAGAGGAGGGGGGGUCCUGGAGAAGGAGGUGGAGAGGACAAUGAGAGAGGGGGAGGUGAGGAAGGAUGUAGAAGAGCAGAGGGGAGUGGAGAUGAAGGCAAUAGAGGAAGAGAACAGGGGUAGAGAGGAAGAGGAGAGAAAGGAGGGAGAACAGGAGGUGGGUAUCCAACGGGACCAAGGAGGGCCAGAGGAGCGGGACAAAUCCCUGUCGUCAGACAGGAAGACGAGGAAGAAAAUAUCCGCCAGCCCCAGGUCGCGACCUUCUGCUGAGGCUGCUGGGAAGCGUGAGAAAGGGAGGCGGGGUUCCGUUCUGGGCCGUGGCAUUCCUCAAACACAAGCCCCUCCGCUCAACAACCCCAUGCCCCCAACCACAACCGUGCCUCAAACACUUGACAACCAAAAUAGCCAUGGAAAGGGUCUCAGUGGGCCAAUCACAGAGCUCCUCACCACCUCAGAGGAGCGCUUCGACCUUCUCAGAAGCGGUCAGGAGGGUGAUCUACCUACAAUGACCGACCCCUGUGUGUUCAACCGCCACUUCAUCACCAACGUGACCGUCGACCAGGUGGCCUCCAGCACAGCCACAGUCCACUGGACCACACGCCACCACCGCCGCUUCCCACCGGGAGCCGGACCGGGACUAGACGAGGUCCACUACCGCUUGCUGUUCGACCGAUUCGGGUCAUCCAACCGUUUCCCUCGCUAUGUGUAUGCCCGUGGAGGGGCGCGGUCGGUGAUGUUACGAGAACUCAGCCCAGAAGUCACCUACAUGGUGUGUGUGGAGGGGGUGGUGGGAGGGGCCGUGUGUCAGGUGGCGCCCAGGGACCACUGUGCUGGAUUGGUCACUCUCCCAGAAGAGUCUCGUCGCCAAGGGACACUGACCUCCGACCUCCACCUGGUCACCAUUGCAACGCUGGCCGUCAACGCCGUCCUCCUGCUGGUGAUUGGUGGAGCCUGGCUAGGGCGGAGUAUGAGGCGGAAACUGAAAAGGAGGAAGUCAUCGGUGCAUGUGCGUCACAUGUACUCCACGCGGCGACCGUUCCGCGGCUCCAUGGCAACAACGGCGGCUGUGUCGACAGACUUUACCAGUUUCCAGAGCAGCCGGCCGCCACGGCUCGGAACCCUGGAGGAAGGGGGAGACCUCAUUGAGUUCCCCUGUGACCGUUUCCUUGACAACAGCCCCACCCGUAGAGACAACAGCAACAUGCAGAGGUUCUCUGAUUAGUAGAACCCUAGAGACCUACAUUCUUAGAAAAAAAUGUGCUACCUAGAACCAAAAAGGAUUGUCCUAUGGGGACUGCCGAAGAACCCUUUUGGAACCCUUUUUUCUAAGAGUGUAGAACUUGAAAACAAUUGUGCUGUGUGACCUGCAUGUCCUAUGCAUGUUAUUGUGAGCCAUUAGAUAAUCCAACAGUAGAACCCUUAUCUAGAACCUGAGGACACCAAGACACCAUCACGAGGAAGGAGCAUCCUCAGGAGGAUGUCUAAGGUGCUGUAGAGACAGAGACAGAACUGGACUGGACUGGUAUUUAACCUGCACUGUAGGGCACUUCAUGACCAUAGCAGGACCACAGCCAGGGUUAUGUUGUGACCAGGGCCGAAUUAAGCCAACCCCCCCACACACACACACUUCCCAGCACACCAUCAUUUGCUGUAAACAAAUCCGUGCACCAAGAUGCAAUUGGAUGCGUGCUAAAUGUACUGUUGAAGAUACAUCCCCCUCAUAAUAAAGCCAUAAUAACAUUUGCCAUGUGGCAUAAGCUACAGUUGAGCAGAGACGUUUUUAUGAUUUCUACACAAAAAAAUUGGCCUUUUACAAAACACAUUUCAUGCAAUUCUACGUCAUUUACAUGAUAAAAGACAUUAGCUGAAUAUUUUUUAAUACCACACAAAUGACUGAAAUAAGUGGCUACUCUGACACUGACAAACUGAGAUCAAUCUGGUCUUGAAUUCAAACAAACAAUAGCCCAGACCAAUGAAGCAACACACACAUUGUACAGUAUUAGGAAGCAAUAUAUAUAUAUAU